UCCUUGAGGGGACGUUGUUGAGAAAAGUUUGUUUCCAGUCGGACAUUUCUGUUAGCGAGCAUUUUAAAGGGUCUUUUAAAAGAAAAACAAGGAAAAUAAUAUUCCAAUUAAGUUUCAACGCCGCAAUUAGUCAAUUCCAAGCCGGGUUUUGAGGAUGAAAUAAUAUUCCUGAAAUCGCCAAGUUGUAUGUCUUGCGGCGCAGGCUUUGAGGAGCGAUCGGGAGAUGCAGCUACUUGCGGGGAUACUGCUGUUCCUUUCGGCGCUGGGCUGCUGCCGAGCCGGCUCCUUGCGGCUACCUCUGAAGGUCUCCCCCACCUACAACGCCUCGGGAGAGUUGCUGGAAAAGCGGAGCCGGCUACUGGAGGGUAUCUCCCUCGCCUCUAAGCCGGUGGGUUCGGUCAGCUUCGUAAGUAUGGUCAACAACCUGAAAGGAGACGUGGGCAGAGGUUAUUACCUGGAAAUCCUAAUAGGGGUGCCUGCACAGAAGAUGAAUAUAUUGGUUGAUACGGGGAGCAGUAAUUUUGCUGUGGCUGGAGCACCAUCUAGUAAUGUGGAGACCUACUUUAACCCACAACGAUCUACCACCUACAAAUCUCUAAAUUUGGAUGUCUCCGUCAGAUACACCCAGGGAAGCUGGAUGGGUCAACUUGGGACAGAUGUCAUGACCAUUCCAAAAGGUCUCAAUGGCACUGUUACUAUCAAUAUUGCCACUAUCCUUCAAUCAGAGGACUUCUUCUUGCCUGGAAUUAAAUGGCAAGGGAUUCUGGGUCUGGCCUACAGAAUGUUAGCUAAACCAUCCAGUUCGGUGGAGCCUUUCUUUGACUCCUUAGUGAGGCAGUUGGGGAUUCCAGAUGUAUUCUCACUCCAGAUGUGCGGUGCAGGCUUGUCACUAAGAGCUGAAGAGCAAUCCAGCCCAGUGGAAGGGAGUUUGAUUAUGGGUGGAAUUGAACCAAGUCUUUCUCAGGGGGAAACUUGGUACACCCCUAUCAAAGAAGAAUGGUACUACCAAAUCGAGGUUCUUAAACUGGAAGUGGGAGGACAAAAUCUGAACUUGGACUGCACAGAGUACAACACUGACAAGGCCAUCGUGGACAGUGGCACCACCCUCCUGCGCCUACCAGUGAAUGUCUUUCUUGCAGUUGUGAUGGCCAUUAAAGAAGGCUCAAAGGUUGAGGAGUUUGCUGAUGGGUUUUGGUCAGGAAGUCAGCUGGCCUGUUGGCCACAAGGAACCAAACCUUGGUCUUUCUUCCCCAAAAUCUCCAUCUACCUUCGAGGGGAGAAUGCUACGCAGUCUUUCCGCAUCACCAUCUUGCCACAGUUGUACAUCCAGCCAAUGGCAGAUAUUGGAGCACUGGUAGAAUGCUAUAGAUUUGGAAUCUCUUCAUCAUCUAAUGGGUUGGUUUUGGGUGCCACAGUGAUGGAAGGUUUCUACGUAAUCUUUGAUCGAGCACAGAAACGUGUUGGAUUUGCUACCAGCUCAUGUGCAGUCGUUGAUGGUUCCUCGGUGUCUGAAAUUGCUGGUCCGUUCUCAGUGGCUGAUGUUUCAAACAACUGCUUCAGGGAAAGGCGAAGGACAGAGCCCGCACUCUGGAUCAUUUCCUACUCUCUCAUUGCACUGUGUGGCAUUACCCUCUUCAUUUCCAUCAUCCUGCUCGUUCUCCCCUGUGGCCAGCGCAACAGCAAUGGUCUCACUGAUGAUUCAUCACUGAUUAGGCAUCGCUGGAAAUAACGCCACGCACUUCAUCCGCAGAGCAUGUUGGAGCAGAUGCUGUGGUAUUUGCACUAAUGGCACUGGUGUACCCUGGUGUCCAACAAACAAUGAUGGCGGUUUGAAAAUGUUACAUAGAUGACUAAUGCUGUGCCAAUGGUGGAAACUGAACCUUAAAUAUGUGCUGACGUUGACAUGUAUUAUCCCAUAAAGCAUUCUGCAAUGGAGUGAGCUUUACUCUACACCAAUCAGUUGCCCGACCUGUCUUUAGACUGGAUCCACUGAAUGAGAAUCAUGCUGGAAGCAGGCAUUUUAUGUAGAUCUUGGUGUUUUCGUCUCUUCCUCUCCCCCCCCCCCCCCUUUGACUUACAAAGGAUGUGGGUGGGGGUUUCUUGGGGGGUGGGGGGGGGGGGAAUUGGAGGAAGAGUUGCGUGACGUGAGAUUGUGGGUGGAUUUUCAAUGUGCAAUAUCAUUGUCCCUUAGCUUAUGACAUUACAAGGGACAGAGCUACACAAAAUGCCCAUGCCACCUAUAUUCUUGCCCACAACCAUUUUGAAACACUGAAUAAGGAAGGAUGGACAAUAUUGCUAGGCAUGCAUCCGUUUUCUCUAUUUUUGGAUUACAAGAAAACUCAAUUGAAUGAAUUUGUUUUUUUUUACUUGAAGGUGAUUUUUUUUACUGUCAACUACCAAGGUUAAGCCAAUAUUUUUAUGCUUAAACUCUUGACACUUUAAAGCAACCCACAGAGUGUGGCUUUUUACUUGGCACCUCCACCUAGUACAUUUUUCAGCUGGCCAUAAUUGUAAUGUUCCCAGGACUGCCUUGUUGUUUCUAAUUGCCUUACCACUGUUUGCUAAGCCAUAUACUUGAACCCAGCCUGUUGCUACUGAUCCUGAGCAGAUCAAGGCUGUAGUUCACAUAGUUCAACAGAGACAUUUUGAACAAUCCUUGGGUUCUGGUGCCAUCUGGAGUCAGCAAGCAAAACUGCAGCCUUGUAAUUUGUCCCAGUUAGUUAUCUUUGUUCCAAGUACGGUUCCUCCUGUGUGCACAUGUUCCUUUCCUGAUCAUACUUUGUCAAGACCAGCACUGUCAAUUGCCAAUUUCAUAGUCUCAGUUCUGAAGUACCUUUGCAGGGCUUAACAUUACCAAACACCACCUCAUAAUUGCAACAAUUAAGUGGGUAUCCCACUCAACUUCCAGACUGUCUUAAAAAAAUGCCAGUGUUGAUUUCAGCUUGUGGGAUGCCACAGAUUCUACAACAUCUAUGUGGCUGACGGAGGGGGAUGAUUUGGGGGAGGGGGGAGUGGAGGGAGGAGAUGCAGGGGGGAUUUCUUCGUGUCCUGUCCAUGAUCACAGGCCAGUCCCACAGCUGUGCGAGAGGAGGGAUUUGUGGUGCGGAACAAAUUUUCAUUGUUUUCCUGAACUUGGGUAAAAAUUGUUCUCCGAAUGUCUCCUCUUGCAUCCAGUGAAACCUUGUCACUUUGAGUAGGAGUUGGGGAUGAUUGCAGCACAGUCGUGUCUAUCUUGAUCAUCAGUAGAGUUUUUGUCCAACUUGGGAAUUGCCAACAAGGUUGAUAUGAGUUCUUUAUUAAGUCCAGCAUUAACUAAGGUGUGAAGUUAACACAAAGUUUUCUGCUUAUGGGUUUAUUUUGAAGAUCAAACUAUGUGCCAUACUGAACAUUCAAUGCCAACAACACAUGUCUGUAGUAUCAAGACAAGCAUGCAGUAAAUAUCUCUGUUUUACCCAAGACUUGAGAUAUGCACUCCUGCAUUUUCAUUUGUUACACCAGUUGUUCUUUGGCUUUGUAAGUUUAAAUAGAUUUCAAGACUUGCGCAACUUAUUUCAUAUAGGACCCCAAUAAGAUAUGCACUCCUGCAUUUUCAUUUGUUACACCAGUUGUUCUUUGGCUUUGUAAGUUUAAAUAGAUUUCAAGACUUGCGCAACUUAUUUCAUAUAGGACCCCAAUAAAGAUAAUCUAUCAUCAGUCAAAACUCCAUUCCAUGAAAUCAAGGUGCUCAAGCCAGAAACAAAGCCAAAGAUUCAUUUUAAUAAUGACCUUAAAAGCACUUAUUUUGUUCCCCUAAUGAAAUAUUUCUGAAAUGAGAAAUAACAAUUGUGGAAACUUGACACCUUAAAAUGCUUCUGAUGUUUGAAGGAUAUAUUUGCUCAGUAUUACACAGCAUACUGUGGUAACCUCAUUCUUAAAGAUGAAACCUCUUUUCAGAUGUCCAGCCCUGCAAUUUUCCAAAGAUUAUUAAAAGGUUUAUAAUAUAUUAUAAAUUUUCAGUCUACUACAGCACAGCCAUCUUGGGAUUAUGUGAGGGGCAAACUAGUCACUUUAACACAAUAGCAAUUAAAUUAUGAGUAAAACUCCAGGGGUUUUGUAAGUCUUAAAUAAAAUGAAGGCUGUCAGUAAUUUUCUUUUUUGUUCACAUUAAAUUUAAGAUAGAUUUCAUAUGUAGAAGAACUUGCUUAAAUUACUUUGCAUUUAUAAAACACUUAUAUGAAGAUUAAAGAAAAAUUUAGCCAGGUAAGAAAUCUCGUUGUUAAAUUUAAAAUUUGUGUCUAUUCAUUGAUAGCUUUGACCAUACUGAUGAGUGGGCAUGCACUGAAGGUAGAAGUUUUCUUUAAAACACGUAGCUUCUGCUACUAGGUAUGCAGCAAAGGAUAUUGCAGGGUUGACUGUGGCUGGUAGCUGUCUUUUCUGACAGUCAUGUGUUCAAGCUUGCUCUAGGACCAAACACUCACUAGUCCCCUGCUCCUAGAGGGUGCUGUUGUGGGUAUUGUCUUUUACUAAGACAUUUAAAUUAAGGUUCUGUCUUCCCUUUCAAGGUGGACAUAUGCGGUCCCAGGGUAUUUUAGUUUGAAGAAGAUGAGCAGAUGAAUUAGCCACAGUAUAUCCCUGAACCAAUAUCACUGAAGUACAUUGUGUGGUCAUUAUUAUGCCACUGUUUGGCUGGCAGAUUUCCUACAUUACAACAGGGACUACGCUUGUUACUUUAAAGCACACAGCUACUGCUACUGGCUCUGUUGCUAAGGAUCUUGCAGUGUUAACUGUAGCAGCAGCCAUCUCACCUGGGGAAGGUGGUCUACUAAACAUAAAUGAAGUCCUGAGCUUAUGAAAGGUGCCACAGUACACAAGUUUGCUGCUUUUCCUUCAACUAAGCUUUGCAGGUCUCUCUCACUAGAGGAUGGAAAUGAGGACUGGCCUUAAGUCUUCCAGACAAAGAUGAGGACUGAUAAAGUCAAUCAGCCCCUUGCAUCUACUCCACUAUUUAGCUGAUCUUUUACUUCAGUAUCAUUUUUUUGGUACUAAUCCCUUGUCCCUUCAUUCUCUUAAGACAUAAAUCAAAAGAUUUUUGAAUAUUAAGAAGUCCUAUAUAGUAGGAGCAAGAUGCCUCUGCUCUUAAAAGUGAAAUGCACCUGUAAUAAAGGACAUGAUACCAUUAACUUUCCAAAUUACUUUCUGUAGCUGCAUGUUAACUUUUAGUGAUCCAUGUGGAAGGACACCUAGAUCUCUUUGAAUACCAACUCCUUUCAGUCUGUUGAUUGCUACCCAGUACCACAUGCUGGAGCCCACAUCAGUCAACAGGCAGGUGGGCUCCAUCACAGCUGAGCAACCUAUGGCCACUUGACAUCCAGCAUUGCAUUCGAGGCAAAAUAUCAAGUGCCUAAUAUUGGGGGGAUGUGUGCAGGGGCAUCAUCUGCUGGGUAGAAUCAUGAAACCAUUCUUAUUGGGGAAAUCUGAACAAAGUUAAUAGGCCACGCAUGAUAGAAAGAGGCACUGUCACUGGAAAAAUCGUGGGCAAGAAUUGUUUCUAUUAAUGACCAAACAUUGUGUGACUUGCUGUUUUGUGUGUGAUGUCAUUGUCAUGAUAUUACAAGGGCUUCUAUCGAUUUAUCCUUAAACACCCCCAACCCAUCCACACACACAUGCAAACUCCAUACAGACAGCACUGGAGGUCAGGAUCAAACGUAGGUUGCUGGAGCUGUGAGGCAGAGUUCUACUAGUGAUGCCACUCCAACCUGGGUCAUAGCUGGCACCUUUACUAUUAUCUGUUCCUGAAUCUCCUCCCCUACACUGCCUCCCCAUCCAAUCCUCUAACACCCUCUCAGACACCCUCUCAGUCACCCUCACUCCAACCCUGCUGUGUUCUGGGUACUUCUCCCCCUUUGAUACCUCGCUCUCCUCCCCCUUUGAUACCUCGCUCUCCUCCCCAUACCCUCCCUCACUUUCCAGCCCUGGGGACAAAAACUCAGCACAGAAUUUUGUUUGCAGUGGGUUGGAACCUUGGGUAAGUUUUUCAGUUGGCUGCUGGUUGGAACCUCCGGAAUGAGCUGGAACUGAACAAACUGCCCGUAGAAACCAAGAGCAGGCGGGGGGGGGGGGUCAAGGGAAGGGUUGGCUGGAUGUGGCGAAGAGGAGGGAAUGGGUAAGGGCAUCUGUGCCUGAGCCUGUUCAUGUGUCUGAGAGUACCAGAGGCAUGUCCAUGUGUCCACCUGUGUGAGUUAACAUCCAUUCAGCGGAGCCUGGUCUCCAGUCAUCUUAAAGUUCAAGUUUAUUUUCACAGGCAUACAUACGCAGGGUAUAAAUCCUAAUGAAAAUUAGCUUUUUGCAGCUGCACAGUACAUUGCAAACAUAAACUUAACAUAAAUUAUACAUAAUUUGCAUGACAAAAUAAACAUAAUAACAUUAGUGCAGAGAGAAAAAGAAAUAAGAUCCAUCUGGACCCAGUUGCCAUUGGCCAAUGCCUCCCACUCCGCCAAGCACAAACAACGGCCAGCCCAUGUUCAAAGAAUCCAUGCACGUGAAUAUCCACUCCUCGGUUUCCAAUCUUAUUACAAGCUAUUAGUAAUUAUAUGUUGCAUAAGCCUGCAUUUCGCUAAAGUGCCGCAUAAUUCUGCCCAAGGUUAAAUGCAUUGCUGUGAUAAUGUCAUAGCUGACAAUCCCUAGGUAUAAAACAAUAAGACAAUUACUUCCUCUUUUCAAAAAUGAGUUCCACUCUGUUUGCCAAUGAUCAUAACAUUUGCUAACGAAAGAAACAUGCACCUGAAUGUACCUUUCCCAGGUUGUUCUGCUGUCUGGGUGAAUUUCAAAAAUGAGUUCCACUCUGUUUGCCAAUGAUCAUAACAUUUGCUAACGAAAGAAACAUGCACCUGAAUGUACCUUUCCCAGGUUGUUCUGCUGUCUGGGUGAAUGCAAAGUGGAAUGGAAAAUAGAAGUAUUUCCCAGGACUUUGACCUCAGAUUUCUCCUAUCCACAAUAUUUCUUAAUUGCAUUUUUCUUAAUCUCAUUGUGAUUGCUGCUAUGAUUACUUUUAUCCCUUA